AUGGAAGUGCGCUUCAAACAGGUGCCGCUCACCGUCACGCACACGCACGGCGGAGUGAACCAGCUCGGCGGAGUCUUCAUUAACGGGCGCCCGCUGCCACACGUGGUGAGGCAGCGCAUCGUGGAGCUGGCGCAGCUGGGCGUGCGUCCCUGUGAGAUCUCCCGCAGCCUGCGCGUCAGUCACGGCUGUGUCAGCAAAAUACUGACCAGGUACAAUGAGACGGGGAGCAUCAGACCAGGAAUGAUUGGAGGCUCUAAACCCAAAGUGGCCACACCCAGAGUUGUGCAGAUGAUCCUGCAUUGGAAACUCACCAACCCUGCCAUGUUCGCCUGGGAGAUCAGAGACAGGCUGGUGCUGGAGCGAGUGUGUGACCAUGCCAGCGUGCCAAGCAUCAGUUCCAUCAACAGAAUCAUAAGAAGCAAAGUCCAAUCUGCAUCCUGUGAAGUUGUGUCAUCAGCAUCAUCUGUUGCCAUGGGAACAGUCCAGUCCCCUGAGUCCACCUAUUCCAUCAGUGGGAUACUUGGAAUCAGAAAGUGUGGUGGCAAAUAUAAAGAAGGAAGGGACUUGUCCUGCUUCCUGUACCACGAUCAGCCACGUUCCUGUCCUGACACAUGGCAGCACUCUGACCACUGCCUGACCUUUUACCCCGGCCUGCCAGCCAAUCAUAAUCCAGAGCCAAGAGGGUCUUGA